GAAAUGGAACGUGACUUUUUGAACUCAAUUUUGAGUAAAAUGAAUUUUUUAAUGGUGUGGUGAUUUUUAUUAUAAGUGUUCAAUGAUUUCAGGAAACUUUAUUUCUGUUUUCGUGUGGUUCUGUUGAAAUGUAUUUUUCAUGAAGUUAGUAAAUAAAGUUUUGUGAAAAAUGGUAGAGUUUGAUUGGAGUAAUUAUUUGCAAGCAAAUAAUAGCGUUGCAAUUCCAGAAGAAUUGUUCGCUCAUGUCGAAGCAAGUCUCAACAAUGGCAUCAAGCAGGGCAUGCUGCUUGAAGUGUGCCACAAGAACAACCCUGACAUCUACUGGAUUGCUAAAAUCACCAUGGUAUGCGGCCAUCUUCUACGCAUCAAGUUCAUUGGAGCAGAUGAAGAUUUCUGGUGUGACAUAUCCAAGAAUAAAGUACACCAACUAGGGUGGUGUGGGAAGGCCGAUGAGCUGAUAGAACCUCCAGACGAUAUUAAUGAGAGAUAUGGAGACUCAAUAAUAGAGAUAAUGAAGAAGGUCUUAAUGGGUGGGCAGUCUGUGUCGAUUGAGGCAUUGAAUAACAAAGGAUUCUCCCCAAUAGACAGGAUCAAAACUGGCAUGAAAGUGGAAGUUCAGAAUGUCACAGAUCCAUACAGAUACUGGAUUGCAACUGUAAAAGAGAAUGUUGGUGGUCGCCUACUGUUGAAGUACGACGGAGCUGAUGACGACCUGGACGAGUUCUGGAUAUUCUUCUCCAACACUCGCCUCUGCAGUUUCGGCUUCGUCACUAACAAGGGUUCUCCGUGGCAAUUCAAGUACCCAGGUAAAGUGAACAAGUUCUCGUGCAAGAACAAGCUGAGCACUCAGCUCAGACAGAGUGCUGAGGAGUCCAUCAAGGAGCCCACUCCUGCUGACUUGUUUCAGCCAAACCCAAGCUUAGAAGUGCACAACUUCGUAACAGGAAUGAAACUGGAGGCAUUGAACCCUGAAGACAUGAAGUCAAUCAGACCAGCCACAAUCACCAAAGUCUUCAACAACUUUCACUUUUUGGUCACCAUCGACGACCACUCUGAAGACUAUGAAGACACCAAAAUGGCCUGGCUUUGUGAUUCUAUGCACCCGUAUAUCUAUCCUAUAGGCUGGGCCCAAAAGUAUAAUAUAACUUUCAAAAGUCCAAAAAUUUGGAAAGAAGGAAACUUCGAUUGGGAUGAAUAUUUGUCAAUGACUUCUUCAGUACCAGCUCCGGAAUAUUGCUUUGGGAAUAAAACUGUAUUAAAAGGCAUUGAAGUUGGUAUGAAAUUAGAGGCAGUUAAUCCACAAAACCAUGAGGAAAUCCAUGUUGCAACAAUAGAUUUGAUCGUGGAACACAUGGUGUGUGUUGAACUGUUACCUAUCGGAGAAAAAGUGUGGUAUUCUCAAGACAGUGAUUUGUUAUUACCUGUGGGGUGGUGUGAUAGUAACAACUACGCUUUGCAUAUACCCGAUACAUCUGUGUCCAAAGAACCGCCAAAAGUUGUAGAAGUAAAGAAAGUCAAAGAAGAUAUUAAAUCUGAAGAGUGGUGUGAUAGAAUAUUUUUUAAUUACAAAUGUUAUGCUGGUCCGUCUAUUAGUAGGAAUAAAUUGUCUCAAUUGCCAAAGCAUGUGGGUCCCGGCCCAUUGACUCUGGUGCUGAAGGAAGUGUUGAACAAGAUGAUAUCGGCUUCGUACAAGCCGGCCAAGCUGUUGAAAGACUGGGAGACUGAUGAGCCGCCAGAAGAAGGCAUGAGACUGGAAAUGUUGAGAGCUAAAUUAAAGUCGGGGACAUACCACGCAUACGUGCCGAUCGCAGACCGCGGCGGUCAGCUGGCGGCGUUCUGCCGCGCCAUGUGCGGCAAGCUGCAGGCCUGCCCCAGCCUGUUCGGCCCGCUAGAGUUCGUCGGCGCGUGCCCCAACAACUGCCAGCAGGUCGACAAGUCUAUAUUCCAUAACGUAACCGAACGUCGCGGAAGGCCGAAAGGAUCUUUCACCGGCAAACGAAAACGAAAAAAGUGCACUCCGGAAAAGAAAGAGAAAGAACAACAACCAUCACAGGAAACUGCAAGUAAAGAUGGGGAAUCUGUCGAAAGCGAACAUAGUGCGGGCUCCACGCCGCCUUCGGAGUCCGGGACCAGGCCCAAUUCGCCGGAAAGCGGCGCAGAAUAUAAAAAAAAUCAGAGAAAAAAGAGAGAACCGAAAAACCAAUACCCGAAACUAGAAAUGAAAACGCGAGGCGCCAAACUACCAAACUUCGCGCUACAGAUGAAAGAAGCACAUUGGAACAAGAAAGACGUACAGACCAUCUACAGCAACACAUGCAUUUCGAAGAAACGAAACUCGCCAGACAGCGACACUGAGAACGAUACUAAUGAAAGUAGCUCAAAUUCAAGAGACGCUAAAAACAUUUCGGAUGUUUCUGACUCUGAAGAACCAGAAUUGAAAAAAUUAAAGUUCAAUACUUAUGAUCCGCUGCCGUCUGAUAAUAAAAUGUUCGAGAAAGACACGGAAAUAUCCAGGUUGAAGGACAAACUGAAGCUAGCGCCCAAUCCUUUAGAUUGGUCCGUUGAUGAUGUAUACGAAUAUCUAAUGAGCACAGAAGACUGCAAGUUGAUCGCAGAGAAGAUGAAGCAAGAAGAAAUCGACGGAGAAGCCCUGAUAUUGCUCGAUCUGGAGACGAUACGAGAAUUUCUCCACAUGAAAAAAGAAUUUGCGGUCCAAUUAUGUAAGCAUAUUACUAAAAUAAGGUGGUAUUACGUAGAUAACUUUGAAGAGAACAGGGUGCCGUGAUAAUUUUAAGCAUUUGUUCCUUUGUCUAGUCCACAAUAAAUACAUGUUCCAUUAAAAA